AUGAAUCCAAGGAUGAGUCUCUGGAUCAUGACGCCAUCGCUUAUGCUGCUGGUGAAGAUGAAGGGGAAUCGCCAACUAUACAAGAAGAAGAAGAAGAUGACGACGGAGAUGGACAACAGGAAGAACAUAAAAAUGGGGCUCUGUUUCAGGCAGAAGAAAUACUUCAAGCUUUUAGCGCAGAAGAAAAAGGAGGAGGAAGUGAAUCUUUGA